GUUAAGUUAAAUGUGCGGCAGCCGUCUUGUUACACGGAGGCGUCGUCUAUAAAAGCAUCGAAUAUAAAUGCAGCUAGUUUUUCAUUAAAUAUUUCAUCAUGGCCUUACCACAGAAUUACAAGCAAGUAGCAAUGGCUUCCACCAACAUCGUAGCCACUAAUCAACGUUUGCGAGCCUCUGGUGGAAGUAGUAGUAGCUCAAGUACAAAUAAAGAUACACAGAGCCCAUUUAUUCAAACUCCCCAUGGACAUCCUGGGUUUACGCCACAAAAAGUUGGUAAAAACACAACUGCUGAUUCUCGCAUGCCUAAGCCACCAAAGCCACCAGAGAAGCCCUUAAUGCCGUAUAUGAGAUAUAGCAGGAAAGUAUGGGAUCAAGUAAAAGCUCAGAACCCAGAAUUAAAAUUAUGGGAAAUUGGAAAGAUUAUUGGUCAAAUGUGGAGAGAUCUACCAGAAGAAGAGAAAACUGAUUUCAUAGAAGAAUAUGAAGCAGAAAAGAUUGAAUAUGAAAAAAGUUUAAAAACUUACCAUAAUUCUCCAGCAUAUUUAGCAUAUAUUGCAGCAAAGAAUCGCGGAAAAUCUGCGUUGUGUGCAGCGCAACAAAAUACUGAUGAUCGCGAGAGUCAUGAAAGAUCUUCAGGUAGCAGUAAAAGUCAAGCAGCUCAAGACAGACGUAUUGAUAUUUUGCCUGCAGAGGAUGAAGAUGAUCAAGAUGAUGGAUAUUCUGUAAAGCAUGUAGCAUAUUCUCGUUAUACACGAAAUCAUCGUCUUAUCAAUGAGAUCUUCAGUGAUACAGUAGUGCCAGAUGUUCGAUCUGUUGUCACAGCUCAUAGAUUGCUAGUUUUACGUCGACAAGUACAAUCUCUCACAAUGCAUCAAAAAAAAUUGGAGGCAGAACUACAGCAAAUAGACGAAAAAUUUGAGGCAAAAAAACGAAAGUUUAUCGAAACAAGUGAAAAAUUUCAAGAUGAACUAAAGAAACACUGUAAGCCAGCUGUAGAUGAAGAAACAUUUAAUAAAAUGGUUGAGCGCCAAUAUGAACUACUGCGACGUGAUAGACUUAAGGGGUCUGAGGAAAAUCGAUCAGAAGGACCAGCAUCUAGUGAGUCUACACCGAAUUCGACACCAACUCCAACUCCAGCUCCAGUUAACGAUGAUGCACCGUCUGAUAUAGCUGACAAUGAAUCAUCUGACAAAAAAUCUAACGAUUCGGAAAAGAGCGCUGAUUUGAAAAAAGAAACACCAUCACCUCCAUAUGUGGAGGCAAAACCUGAAACACCGGUGCAAGGAAAUGCUAAUCAGCAUUCCAAUAAUUCUACAGUAUACUCUGGAGCAGUUAGUCCAAUCCAACACCAACAGCAGCAGCAGCAGCAGCAGCAGCAGCAGCAGCAGCAGCAGCAGCAGCAGCAGCAGCAGCAGCAGCAACAGAAGCAGCAGCAACAACAGCCACCCCCACAUCAACAUCAACAGCCACCACCACCACAACAUCACCUCCACCAUCAGCCGCAACAGCCUCAACAGCCGCAGCAACAACCGCAACAACAUUCCUCACUCCAACAACAAGCACAACAUUCUCCUCAUCAGCAGCCACAACAACAGCCAUUACAGCAUCAGCAACCGCAGCAGCCUCUGCAACAUCAGCAGCAACAGCAACAUCCUCAACCGCCACAACCGCAAUCCCAACAGCCAGCUCCCACCCCUGGUGCAGCCGCAGCUGCCGCCGCUGCAGCAGCAGCUGCUGCUGCAAGUGCAAAUACUCCUCCACCGCCAACAGCAUCUUCGCCAGCUCCACCGAUACAACAUAAUCCUCAUCAGCAACAGGGAAUGCACCCUAAUCAUUCUAUGCCUCCUCAUCAAGGCUCUCAGGGAACACAAGUGAUGCCGUCUCAGGGUACACCAGGAAAUCCUCAUGCUCCUCCAAUGAUACCACCUGGGCAAGGCUAUGCCCAACAAUAUCAACCCCCAGGUGCGCCUCAAGCACAAAAUGUGCCGCUUGCUCCAAGGCCUCCACAUCCAUCUUAUGGCUACUCCCAACAACAACCGUAUCAUCAACCUUACCCUCAAUAUCCUCAUCCCUACUACCAUCAAUCGUAUUCUCAGUAUCCGCCGCACAUGGGCCGACCUCAUGCUCACGGCCCUCACAGUCCACACAGCCCUCAUAGUCCGCAUUACCAUCCACAAUCUCCACAUGCAGUAGGUGAUAGUGGUGCGGCCUCUAAUACAGCUUCGGGCGGAGGCAAUGCUUCAGGAUCUUCUUCCGAUGCUGGUAACUCGUACUCACCCGCUCCGGCACAUAAUGACAAUGAACGUUCAGUUCCUUCGGAGAGCUCGGGAGAUGGACAAGCUGACCCUAAAUCUGGAUCUUGUUAAGCUAAUGUAACUACUAUCGCUUUAUUGUACUUCAGUAUGAUUGUCAAAAGCCAAUUAGAACGUACUUUUUCAUAAUUCUAAUAACAUUGGAAUCCAGUUUUAGUUUUAUGGUGACGGUACCAUACAUUUCAUACAAAACAGUAAAUUGUAUUUUGAUUCGAUGCAUCAAGUGAUGUAACGCUAUUGAUGAACGAAUUAUAUUGAACUAGUACCGUA